CUGCGGCUGUGUAUAUUGUGUGCCGGCAAAAAAAGCAAUGAAUUUAUUUGAGGAGCUGGAUACAUUGGAUCCCAGCUCCAAGCUGGUGCCUCCGCGCAUAGAGACACCAACACCACACAAAGUCGCUGUCCUGAUACUGCUAAAACAGUAUGUGAAGGAAAAAAAGAGCUCCAUGGACACGGGGAUAACGAUGCGUCCGCAACGGCGUCGCAUGUUUUGCAUGCUAAUGUUCAAGCUGGUCCAGGAAGCAGACAUGACGUACAAUGAGCUGCACAAUAUGCUGACCACGCGUCCCUACAAACUCGAUAAUCUGAUGCUGGAAUCGUUCGAGAAAGCCAUGUCCGAGUUCUGUGGCACGGCCAGCCUUGAGGCGUUGUUCGAUUUUGCGGAAAUGCAGAACAUAGACACGCUGCUCAACGAGGACUACGGCGUCAGCCAAUUCAGCAUGGUGGGCGUCUAUGUGCGACGCAUUGCCGUCGUCCUGGAGCGCUUCACCUUCGCCGAAAUGAUGUGCAUGUACCGAAACACUUGCGCGUACUAUGAACGCGGCAUUCGCGCCCUCGCAGCUGGGCCACGCAAGCUGAUCGCCGGCGGAGUGCUGCACCGAGCGGACACGCCGCCGCCGGCGGCAGUAGAUGCCGUAAAGCCGGAGCAGAGCGAGAGCAUGGAGAGCAAUUCGCUCAGCAAGUGGGCGCCCAAGCAGGCGAAAUUCUUUAUUAACAAACAGUCGGAGCUGCUGGACAACGACGAGAGCAGCGCCCUGUCGCCCAAGGAGCUGCAGCGCAAGGUGCAGGAAAUCAUACAGGAUCUGCCACUAAAUACGACCGCCUAUUUCCUCGGCUACAUGAAUCAGUUGCGCGUCCGCGACUAUUACAAUGCGUUAGCGGCGCUGCAUCGGGCUCUGGAUCGAUCCCCGGUGCGUCUGAUGAGCCAGGAGAAGGGCUAUCAGUACUUUUGCAUUAAUUUGGCCGUGCUGCACGCCGCCUUUGGGCAUCGCGACGAGGCCUUGGCCGCGCUCAGGGAAAGCAUUAUGCUCGCCCAGGAGCAUGGCGACAAGCGCAGCCUCAAUCUGGCCAACACCUGGCACUGCCUGCUCCGCGACGAACUCCCGCUCUCGUAUGUGCAGCGCAGCGUGGCCGACAUCAGCGAUGCGGACGGAAAUAUGCUGCAGAACUAUACGCUGGCCCUGCACUUUGCCGUCAAGCUGGGCACCGUCGCCGGCUAUCAGCCGUUGCGUCUGUUCGAUCUGCUGCAGCACAGCGACCAGCUGACCAAUCGCAACAAUCUGUCCAAUCAUGCCUCCGAAGCGCUGGCGCUGCGCAGCGCCGUCUGGUGCGCCUAUGGCCGGCACGAGCUGUCCGCUUUGUAUGCCCAGCUGUUGUUGUCGGUGCGGCAGCGCUUCAAUAGCGGCGGAUCGGCGGGAUUGGGCAGCGCUCUGGCCAGCUAUGCCAUGUGGCUGCAUCUGCAGGGCGAGCUGCGUCUCGCCCGGGUCCUGCUGCAUCGGGCGCGCGAGCAACUGCCGCGCAUGCCCAGCGCGGAGUCCUGGAUGAUCAGCCAGUGUCAUGUGAUCAUACAGUCGGGAAUUUAUCGCUGUCGCUGGCACGACGCUUUCAAGGCCUGCGAUCAGCUGCAUCUGCUCGAUGCGGCGGCUGCAAUGCAGCAGCGUGCCGCCAUCUAUGUGGCCAAACGUGAGUUCUAUAAUGCACGCCGGCUGCUGGACAAGUUGGCCGCCAAGUCGGAGCUACCCUUUCUGCUGAGGAUGCGCGUCCAGGUGCUGCUCGCCUAUUGCAGCCUGGCCGAAGGCAAUUUCUCCAGCGAGGCGGUGACGCUGCUGCUACGCGUCGCCGAGGAUAUGUCGGACUCACAGAUGGACUACGAGCUGGCCAUGGUGGACAUGCUGCUGGCGCAGGUCCUGCUGAUGCUGUUCAUGCCGCAGAAGGCCUACCAGGCCAUCAAACGCAGCAUGGACGACAUUCACAUCAAUGGCGGCCUAUACGAACGGGCCAAGACCGACUUCGUCUUUGUGCGCUGCCUGCUCUCCAUCAAAGAUGCGGAUGCGCGCAAGCCGCAACUCCUCAAAUCCCUCGACAUACUCGAACGUGCGGCGCAAUCCUUUAAGCAGCUGUCGGCCCACGCCAAGGUGCUCGAUGUCUACGUCUUUCUGGCGCAGCGCUUCAACGAAUAUGGAGAGCGCGGCCUGCGCAACAAAUAUGCCGGCGAAUUCCGGCGCUAUUUCAUGGAGCAUCCCAUUCCGCGCGAGUACCUGGGCGGGCCGUAGACAAAUCUCCAGCUGUUAACUCUUAAUAAACGUAUUUUUUAUUAAUUUCUUUAAA